UCCCCUGAGAGUCUGUUUAACAGAAGGUUUCAUCAGUCUUAACCAGCGCAUUUCUUUGGCCAUUUUUAUCUGAUUUUAUCUUUGCUAAAUUUCCCGCAGAUGCAUAACAUAUAAAUCAUGGAACCAUUUUCACAUGACUCCUCAGAUUCACAUGAGUCCUCACAAUGUGAAGAUCCAGGACCCUCCCACCAUGAAACUAAUAUAACAAGUCAAAUUUAUGUAAAUAAUCCACAAUCCUUACAUGUGGUGGCAAGGCCUCCUCAGAGAAGUUCACUUGUGGAGCCGGGGGUACACAAGUGUAAUGCAAAUAAAUGUGAUCUAUGUGAUAAAAAUUUGAAAAAUAUCAGAAUCUUUAGCAGCACAACUAACAAAAGUACCCAUGAGAUAGAAAGUGUUUUUACAUGCAAGUCAUCUAGCGUCAUUUAUGUAAUAGAAUGCCAGAAAGCUGACUGCAAGAAACAAUAUGUGGGGAAGACAAGAAAUUCAUUAAAAUGCAGAUUUAGCAGACAUAAGUCAGCUAUUUCACGUAAGCUCAGACUGCCAGUUUAUGAGCAUUUCAACAGCAAUGGCCACAGCUUCCAAGAUUUUAAAAUUUUUCCAAUUGAACAACAUGAUGAUUUAGAAACAUUAGAUAAGAGUGAAAUUUUUUGGAUAAAAACUCUUGGUACACAGUAUCCUGAUGGACUCAAUUUGGAAACUUAUGAUUCAGAUUCAUCACCAAGUCCUUUUAAACGACGAAGAGAACUAAAUAGUCUACCAAUAGAAGCUCAGAAGAAACUGGAUCAAUAUGAUGAAUCAGAAGAGGAAGCCAGAUGUGCUAUAUCAUCAGUGCAUAAAAAAUUGCUGGACCUGUCUCACCAUGAUAAUAAUGAGGUUGAAGUGUUUCUGAACAAACUGAGGAAAAUGACUUCCGAUUUAAAAUCCAAAAAGAUUCAUGAUAGCAUUUAUAUUGGAAUAUUUGGAAAGACAGGGGCUGGAAAAAGUUCACUGAUAAAUGCUCUUUUGAAUGAAGAUGAUUUGUUGCCUGUAUCAAGCCGCAAGGCCUGCACGUCUUGCAUUGUGGAAGUAAAGGCUCAUGAAGAUCUGUUUAAUUCUACAUACAAAGCAGAAAUUCAGUUUAUUAGCAAAGAGGAGUGGGUCAAACAGCUAGAGACCCUUGUUGAAAACCGUGAGAGUGACAAUGAUCAGGACACAUCAGAUUCAGAUGAUGAUGAAAAUGGAGAGGACAAUGAAGGUGAACUAGCAAAUGAAAAACUAAAAGCAGUGUAUGGAGAAGAAGGGCUAAGUAAAAGUUACAAAGACUUACUAAACACUAAACUGGGAAUACCUAAUACUCUGAAGAAGUCAAUUACAGCAAAAUCGGUUAAAGAAUUGUCUGACAAUAUCAAUCAAUUUAUACGAAGUGAUAUGGAUGAAAAUGUGAGGAGCUAUUGGCCUCUGGUGAAAUCAGUUACACUAUAUUUGCCAAGAAGUCAAAAUCUUUUCGAUAACAUAGUACUGAUUGAUUUUCCUGGAGCUGGAGAUACCAAUAAGGACAGGAAUGAAAUGUGGAAAAUGUCCUUAAAUAAAUUGACCUCCAUCUGGAUUGUUAGUGAUAUCACACGGGCAGAAUCUGAGAAAGAGGCAUCAGACAUCCUAAAAUAUGUUUUAAAAGAUAUUGCUGGUGGGGGACAAUGCCAAAAUAUUACCUUCAUCUGUACCAAGACAGAUAUUGUUGGCAUUCAAAGAAGAGAUAUGCAAAAAGAGCAUCAAGGAGAAUCAAGUAAAAUCACAGAAAGUGAGUGGAAAAAAGGAGAAAUACUAACGAGAAACAACAUUGUUAAAAAAAAUCUGAAAAAAAAACUUGAGCGAAAAGCAAAGAGAAUGCUUGGCACUGAAAUGAACUCUCAUGAAGAUUUCAUUGAAGUGUUCACAGUGAGUUCAGAGCAGUACAGAAAUGACGAAAAUCCUGUCUUGAAUAAGGAAGAAACAGAAAUUCCAGGGUUGGAAAAGCAUCUGAUGAAUCUUUACGUCAACCAGAUACAGAAAGAUGUAGAAAACUAUGUGACUGUAGUAUCAGGAAUAACAUCCUUUCUUAAUAUCACACAAAAAAAUGCAAAGGAAGAGGAUAUAAUAAAUAAAGACGCUCUUAAUGAAAUAUCGGAACUUCUUAUUGAUAAACUUAAAGAUCUGGACACAUUUUUUGCUGAGUGUUCUAGCAUGCUUACAUCAAAGCUGAAUGAUGGCGUGAAGAAAGCAGCUACCCAGUGUGUGCAGAAUGCCAAAAACAUUUUAAAGCCUGAAGAAAAGGAUAAUCGUGGUUACCAUAAAACAAUAAAGGCUUUAAUCAAAAACAAUGGAAUUUACAGGUCCAAAAAUGGACAAGUCCAUGAUCUAAACCAUAAAUUGGCAUUGCCUCUCUCCAAGUCUGUGGACAACACUAUUAUAAACACUUUCCAGAUGCAAAAGAGAACUAGGAAUUCUAUUAAAGCACCAUUGGAUUCAUUUCAGUUAGAAAUCCAACCUAUUUCUACCAAACUUCAGAAAACAAUUGCUCCUUUGCGUCUACUGUUUAUUAAUUCUCAGUUUCGAGGAGUAAUUGCAUCUUUGGAAAAAGAAAUUAUUGAAAGAAAGAAAAUCUUGUACAAAUCUCUAGACUUAUCCAUUCAAAAUGAACUGUCACCUGUUUACGAAGAGGUCAGCAAAAUAAAAGGUUCCAAUUUUAUGAUUAAUGUACAAACAAUGUUCACAAAAAGACUGGUUGAGUUAAAAAAUCAAAUUUUUGAAAAUGCAAAGAAUAAAAUGCUUCAAGAGUUCAGCAAACUGAAGGAUCAUGUAAAAGACACACUGGAAAAGGAUAUAGAGAAAACAUUACAGCUGGCAUUUUCUCAGUUUCCUGAAGGUCUUAAUUUGCCAGAUUUCCAAGAAGAACGAAAAAAGAUGAAAAUCAUCAGCAGUGAUCUACAACUAAGGCUCAUUAAUGAAACAUUUAAUGUGCAACAUAAAUUACCAAGAACUAUAUAACUUUAUAAUUGUCUAACAGAAAAUUUGUUUUGCUAUGCAUGCUUUGGAAAUUGUAUUAUACACAGGUGCACAUUUUAAAUAUUGCAAUAAACUUUAUCAGUAACCAUUUAUAUAUUGACAACUAGUUAAUUAUUAAGAAACUAGCCAACCCGUGGCGUACCAUACGCCGCAUAAUCAGGCCAUUUUUUUAAUGAUUUUUAAGCACAGGGAGA